UCUUCUACCUGGGGUUAGAGGUCGGGAAGCCGGUGGGCUUUCAGAAAGUCACCACAUACUCAGUAAAAGGACAAUCAUGAAAACAGAAAUUUAGACGCAGAAUAGAAGAAGCUGAUAUUUAAAAGCACCUUUGCUCUCAUUAGAGAAGCGGUAACGGUUGAGGAAUCGCGCCGUUCACUGCCCGAUGCCAGCUGAAGCGUGAUGCAUCCCGCCCAGCCCAGACCGGGCCUCGCCCUGCAGAGACGACAGGCAGAUUCAGCCCCCCGGGGCGCGCCGAGCACCGGCCUUCUGCAGGGCCUCAUCCAGAGCGCCAGGCCUCUCUCCUUCUGCUUCCUGCUCCCCAGGGUCCACGCAGCUGAUGUGGCUGCUGCCCAGCCUGCACAGAUGCCCUCCUCUUCCUCCAGUGCUGCUCCUGCACCCAUCGUCUCCGUUAAAACCGUGCCAAGCAAUUUGGGCAAGCCAGAAUUCCCAGACACGGGAUGGGAACGCAUUAAGGACCUCUUUGACAAAGAUGUGACAAACCGGUACCCCGAGGAGCUGACCAGUGUUAUAAAGAGUGGGGUCGUUGCUGCGCUCGCAGGCCUGAUCUACGGCGGCCUGCCAGCAGCUCGCCAUGCCAGGGAGAGGUAUAUCCAGAACAGCCAGGCGGACAUCUACACCAGCAGAGUGGACGCAGUGCGCUCGGCUCAUAAUGCAGCAAUCCGAGGUUUCGUCAGAUACGGGUGGAGGUGGAGCUGGAGAGUGGCUGCUUUUGUCACUUUGUUUAAUUCUGUGAGCACAGGACUGUCCGUGUACAGGGACACGUACGCCCUCAGCCACUACGCUGCAGCUGGAGCUGUGACUGGAGGUCUCUUCAGGCUGAACCUGGGCCUGGGAGGGCUGGUGGCAGGAACAGUCAUCGGGGCCGUACUGGGGAUUCCCACCGGUACGUUGAUCAUCAGCAUGCAGUCGUUGGCCGGAGAAACAGCCAGAGAGCGGAGGAGAAAGGAGCGACGGGAACUCUAUGAACUCAGACUAGAAGAAUGGACGGCACGUCUGCAGUUAACAGACGAGCUGAUUGGUGAUCUGAACGUCAGCUCUCAGGCGGAGGAAGCCAGCAAGGACAUGCAAAAGAUACAGGAACUGCUAAGUUUACCACGGAACGAGGAUUUGAGCCAAGACUCUGGUGGACAGUGACAGUUGCUGUCUGUUAAAGGUGGGACUUCACACAGCUCUGAGGAUUAAUGGGUGUCUUCUUUACCUGGACUCCACACCUUCUCUGGAUCUGCUUCUCAUCACAAUGAAAGGACACUGUCGCUUCACAAACUCUUGUCAUAGCGCUCUUAAGCAGCUCUAGACAUUGGCGGCACUUUGGUGAGCUUUAAUAAGUUUGCUUGUACAUGAGGCAUGGGGAUUAAAGAUGGCACAUGCUCUCUUUCUCUGCCAAAGUUUUCUCUAAUAUAAUCAGCUCUGCAACAACAUUAAGGCCCCUGUGACAAGUUUUGAUAUGAUUAUGAAACAAACUCUUUGUGACCUACAAGAACAAGUUGAUUGCCUUAAAAUACAGUAUAUAAGACACA